AUGACGGUGAACAAUGGUGCUGAAUAUUAUGGUGUCUCCGUGAAGAAUUCUGAUAUAGAAAACACGUAUGCAGACCCUGAUACUCAAAACGAUACGGUUAAUGGUCAAGAUUAUCGCUCACCUGAUGGUUACGAACCUGGUGCUAUUCGCAGAAUUGUUCUUAUUGAUUUCGUCACAUACCGCCAUGCUGAGUUCUCUAUUGGUCCUUCUCUGAAUAUGAUUAUUGGACCUAAUGGUUCAGGGAAAAGUACUAUUGUCUGCGCCAUUUGUUUAGGUCUUGGUGGCAAGCCAGAAAUCUUGGGAAGAUCAAAACUGCCAAGCCAGUUUAUUAAACAUGGUGCUUCUUCAGCAACAAUCACAAUCGAACUUCAAGGUUUCGAGGGAGAAUCCAACUGGCUCGUCACGCGUACCAUAACAGGAAAUAACAGUUCUUGGAAGAUUAAUAACCGUCAUGCUACUCAAUCAGAAAUAUUCAAAACAGUCGAAAGAUUUAAUAUUCAAAUCAAUAACUUGUGUCAGUUUUUACCUCAAGAUCGUGUGGCCAACUUUGCACAACUUCCAUCUACCGACCUUUUAAUCGAAACAGAAAGAGCCGUUGGUGAACGAACUUUGAUUGAGCAGCAUCGUAAACUUAUUGAGCUAGACCAAGAAAGAAAUUCGGACCAGGGAUCUCUUGAUGCCGAAAAGAAAAUUCUUGCAGAAAAAGAAAAGCUUCAAGCUCAUGAUCAGGCUAUCAUUGAGAAGAUUGAAGAACGCAAAAGAAAUAUUGCACGAUCCCAUGUCUUGAAUGCUGGUCUUCAAGCUAUCGAAUAUCGUGAGGCUCGUGAGAGUGUCACCAAAUCCAAACAACAAAUCAAAGUGUUGGAAGACCGAUAUGAGGCUCUCAGAGAAAGAGCACAAUUUUUCGAAGAAAAAAAAGAAGACUAUAACAAUAUUGCCCUUCAAAUCUCUCAAGAACAAUCCCAACUCAGACAUGAAAGAACAUCCGUUAAAGAUGAAAUCAAUAAUCAAAUGGAUCAAAUCAGUAUUGCUCUUUCUGAUAUAACCAAAGUCAGUCAAAAAAUUAAAAUUCUACAAGAUACCCAGAAGCGAAAAAAGAAGGAAAAGCUUAACUUGGAAAAUGAGUUGAAUGCUAUUGAAAAUAUGAUUAAGACUUUACCAGUUCCAGAUGAAUCAGAGCUAGUGAGAAUUAAUGAAGAGUCUUCUCAGUGCAAAGAGAGUAUCAGAUCUAUUGAAGACCAGAUUAACGGCUUGGAAAAUAAAAAAAACUUGUUGAGAAGAAAAAAGGACAAGUUUAAAAGAGAUUUAGCCAAUUUAAGUGCUGAACUUCAUCAGCUUGAAUCUGAUCAACAAAUGAGAAUGGUCUUUUUGCGUAACCAGCGUGAAGAUAUCUGGGUCAAUGUUUAUCGAGCAGCUGAAUGGCUUGAAAAUAAUCGUGAUAAAUUUAAAGAGCGUAUUUAUCUUCCUCCCAUUCUUUCUUUGACAUACAAAUAUCCCGAUAUGCUUCAGUUUUUAAAUGCCAAUAUUGACAAAGUUUCUAUGGCUACCUUUACUGCCUUAAAUCGUGAUGACUAUCUUCGGUUUGGUGAAUUGGUUUCUGAUGAGCUUAAAAUCAAUGUUCCAAUUAAAGAGUUUUCUGGUACCGAUAGAGCAACUCUUGCUCAACAAGAUGUAUUUUACUCUCCUGACGAAUUAAAAGGGUAUGGUUUGGAUGGAACUGUUUUGGACCUUAUUAUGGGUCCAAAACCUGUUUUGAACAUGUUGUGUCACAAUUGCAAAAUUAAUCAAACUCCAUAUUCUUCCAAGCUUCUUACAGAGCAACAGAUGGAGUAUAUUGAUAGCGCUACCAAACAUAAUGGUGAUCCUAUUUUCACCAAAUAUAUGGAUCCAGAGUUCCUUUGUACAUCAGUCAGAUCUAAUUAUGGUAAUCGCAAUGUUUCUUUCAGUAAGGUUGCACUUGCAAAAACUCCAAAUUAUUUUAUUGCUUCUGGUCAAAACAGGGAUCAAAUCAAGCGCAUUAAAGAAGAUAUGGAGAAUAUCAACGCGUCCAUAAAGGAGUUGGAUGACGACAAUUCUAACUGUGAUGAGCAGAUGGGAGAGCUUAGAAGACAAUCUCUGCCUCUUCUUGAUACUCAAAGGAAUCUUACAGCUAGACGUCAACAACUUUGGGAGGUAAAGAAACAAAUUCGAAUGGCUGAAGAAAAAAGAAAUAUAGUUCAGGAUAAGAUUAAACGCUUUGUUGAUCAUGUUCCUGAGCAGGAAUUUGACGAUCUGGAAAAUGACCUACAGUCUCGAAUCCAGUAUAUUGCUGAGCUUACUAAUGGUUUUUCAGACCCCCUUGACACUCAGAUUUUUAUUUCUAAAAAACAUGAGACCAACUUAGUAGAGUUAGACUCAGUUAACAAUGCUUCUGAAUGCUACGAUAGAUUUACUCGAACUGGUCUUGCAGAGCUGGAAGAGCAACUCCAAUAUGAAAAAAAUGCUCUUGCAGAAUUGACUCAUAAAUUUAAAGCUGCAAAGCAUGCCGUGAAGGAAAGCAGGAAAGAGCUGGAUGAUGAUCAACUUGCCCAAGUUAAAGAGAUUCACGAUAAUGUGGGAAUUACUGCACAGUCUCUUCAAGAGGAGUUGGCUACAAUCGAAAUGGAUCUAAAGUCAUCUACUGACCAUUUGAGUGACUCUACAAUAUCACGGUUUGAGAAGCGUCAAGUAGAAAUUGAUGCUCUUCGUGAAAUAGUUAUCAAACUUGAGAAAAAGUCUAAACUUUUUAACUCUGAGAUUGAAAAGAUUCGUGACGAGUGGGAGCCUGAACUUCGGCGAAUUGUUAGCACAAUUUCUGACGCUUUCACACAAGCAUUCAAGCGCAUCAACUGUCGUGGUGAAGUCCGAUUAGGCCAUACAGAUGGCCCCUUUUCGGAAUGGUCGAUUGACAUUAUGGUGAGCUUCCGUCAAGGCACUGACCUUCAAGUUUUGACUCAUCAGUUACAAUCUGGUGGUGAACGUGCAGUGUCGACUAUUUUUUACUUGAUUUCACUACAACGUAUCACCAAGUCUCCAUUCCGUGUUGUUGACGAGAUUAAUCAGGGUAUGGAUCCUCGAAAUGAGCGUGUUGUCCAUAGUCAUAUGGUGCACGUUGCAUGUGAGGAAAACUCAUCACAAUACUUUUUGGUGACACCCAAGCUUUUGCAGGAUCUUGAUUACCACCCCAAGAUGAAGGUGCAGUUUAUUUUUUCGGGCAACAAAGUUGUGGAUAUUUCCGAGUAUGAGCAUCCUCCUACAAGAUUUCCAUACAUUUUGCAAAAAGCUCGUGAAAGAAAUAGAGCUGCAGCAAUGGCGGGAGGUGAAUAG